CCCUCCUUCCUCCUCACUACCUCCCUGCUCUUCUCCUUUGAUCAGACCAACUUGGUCGUUACGAUGCGCACAGCUCUGUCCCUCUCUGUUGUGUUCCUCCUCUCGCUGCUGCCGCCAUGCGCCUCUUGGAACGUCGCGUGCACCGGUAGAAUGUGCGCAGAGCAUGGCCGACGAGACAUCGCGAAGGUGUCGAGGAGAGAGGUCAUCACGGCCGCCAAGUUGGUUGCUCCUUCUCUGCACCUCCUCAUCACGAGAGAGGCGGCGGCGGCGGAUCAGAAUCAGCUCUCUACUUUCCAGACUUCAGGAACCGGCCUCAAGUUUGUCGACAUCAGAGCAGGCAGCGGCGAGGAAGUCAAGGUUGGCGACAAAGUGAGCUUCCAUUAUAUCGGGAGACUUGCAGGACGCCAGGGGAAGCCUUUCGAGGACACAUACUCCGAUGAGCCUGUUCGGGUAGAGCUGGGUAAGACGCGGGUGAUCAAGGGGCUGGAAGAGGGUCUGCUGGGGAUGAGGGAAGGCGGCAAGCGGAGGCUUCUGAUCCCUUCCUCCCUGGGCUACCAUAACAAGAGCGAGGAGCCUAUCCCACGUUCCUUCGGCAACAGGCAGAGGCUGUACUCAACAGUCCUCAACAAGAUCCGAACGGAGAGGGAGCGCAAGGCGCUAGGGCAGGAUAUUGCGGGGGUCGUCCUGAUGGAUGUUGAAGUAACAAGAGUUCGGUCUGGCCAGAUGUGAAGUCGCCGUAGGCCAAGUGCGAAGAAGAAAUUGCAUGGAUGAAACUGAAUUUCGUGUU